AAGUUUUUAAGUCUUUUUUAAAUAACUAUUUCAUUGAAUUUAAUUAUAUUUGCUUCUUGUCUUGCAUCCUUGUAAUUCUAAACUAUUAUGUUACCAACAUAACCUAUAUUAAUUGCAGUGCAAAAUCAUCAGCAGGAACGAAACGGGAGCCCCACAAUAUUUACUACUAAUAAAACCUACCAAUGUGAUCACUGCAGUUACACAGCGGCUAGAAAGUCUACUUUAGUUAGUCACAUAAGGACACACACCAGUGAGAAACUCAAGUGUGACUACUGUGAUUACUCAGCCAAAAGUGAAGGUUUAUUGAGUAGGCAUUUGAGAAUGCACUUAAGAAACAUUAAGCAACCCUUAAUAAUUAAGCAACCUGUCAAAUGUAGUCAAUGUAGUUUCAUAUCUGUCAACAAAGGUGCAUUAUUACAACAUGAAAGGACGCAUAGCGCAACUUACAAAUGUCGUCAUUGUAGUUAUGUUCGUAAAAAUAAAAGUAAAGUAGAAAUACAUGAAAAGAAACACACUGAGAAACCAUAUAAAUGUGAUGUUUGCAGUUUUGCAACUACUUACGAAAGAAGUCUUGAAGGCCAUAAAAAAAGACACAACUCACCCAUACAAGAAACGAGGCGUACAAGCAAAAAGCCCUGCAAACCUUGGCAUGGAAACAAACUGAUAUCUUACAAAUGUCAUCUUUGCAGUUAUACUUCUUUUAGCAAAGCUGAUUUACGACGGCAUGGAUUGACGCAUACUGGUGACAAGCCAUACAAAUGUGGAAAAUGUAGUUAUUCUACUGUAGAAAAAAGAAGGUUACGAAUCCAUGAAACUAAACACAAAGGAGAAAAACCUUACAAAUGUGAACACUGUAGUUACGCAACCCAUGAUCAAAGCUGUUUACGAAUUCAUGAAAAAAGGCAUGCUGAACAAACACAAACAGUCAUACAUAAAUGUGGCAAAUGUUCCUAUUCUACUACAGAAAGCAAAAGGUUACUAAACCAUGAAUUAAUAAAACACAGCAGUGAAAAACCUUAUAAAUGUGGACUAUGUAGUUUCGCUACCCAUCUGGAGACUAACUUACGGAUACAUGUAAAGAGACAUACUGACUACAGGGACUGCAGGCAAAAACCCAUACACAAAUGUAGCAAAUGUAGCUAUACUUGUAACCAAAAACUUGCUGUAUUAGAGCAUGAAAGGAGACAUACUGGUGAAAGGCCUUACAAAUGUGGUCACUGCAGUUUUUCUACUAGCUACAAACGUAAUUUGCGAAUCCAUGAAAAACAACAUAAGGUGAUGGAGUCCACUCCUGCUGCCGCCGAGCAGCACAGUGAAGCAUGCCAUCAGAGCGACUGGGAUCACACUUACGCGAGAAGAGACCCUGCACCAAGAGCACGAGGCGGGAAUGUUUCUUAUUAUUUGCAUACCGUCUGACUCAGUGUUACAGACUCAAGAUUUAAUUCCAAAUAGCAUCUGCCCGCGUCUUCGUCUGCGUGUGUUGUUUGUUAUAAUUUUAUGUACCUAAAUUAUGAUCCUAUAUGGUCGAAAUAAAAAUGAUUUAAUUUAAUUUUAAAUUAGUUCAGCGGUUUAAGCUUAUAGAGGUAACUGACAGACAGAGUUACUUACACGUUUACGAUUAUAAUAUUAGUUUCUAAUGAAACACUCAAAACAAUAAUUAUUUCUACACUGAGCAUUUUUCGAUAUUUCUUCGAGUGCCCAUUUUGAGCUCCAAACGAGCGAAAGAUUCUAAGGUAAUAGAAUCAUGGUUUGUAGCUAUACUAAUUUAAAAUGUUGAAUAUUAAUAUUAAUUUUCUUUUUUUAUUUUAUUUAUUUUUAUUUAGAAAUUUAAUUCAGGCAACAAGGCCCAUAUUACAAAUACCUUACAGACUAACAUACAUAUGUAUUUUAUAAACUUAAAACAAAACACUAUUUAGACGAUAAAACGGCCUUUUUGAAUUGG